GUGAGCAUAAGUGCAUGAGAUGUUAUUUAGUAAUUCAUAUUUGUCAUGCAAAUAUUUAACCAAUGCAGUCCGACCGUGACUUUGAAGUGAUAUUUAUCUUAUCAGUUUUUAGAGGUGCAAUGAUAAUUUGUGAGACGUGUGGCAGUGGUAUUAUGUAUGUUAUUACUUCAAAGCCGAUUUAAGAAUUAUGUUCAGCAAAGCAUAGGCGUUCACAUUCAACUGGGUCACAGAGGUCAUUAAUAAAU